GAUUUUUAAAUUUUUUUAAGCGGGCUUAGGAAUACGAUUUAUGCAAUUUUAGUUAUUUUUUUUUGGUCCGGUCUCUGGCUAGUUUGGAUGGUUUUAGGCACAUAGCAUUUCGCCCCAGAAAUGAUAUAAUCUUUUCAGUCUCGGCCCGGCUAGAACCUGCUCAAUAAUCACCUUUUUUUUUUUUUUUUUUUUUUUUUUUUUUUUUUUUUUUAAUUCAUAUAAAAGUACAAAAGAAGAAAGAAGAAAAAAAGAAAAAUACUAGUAAUUGACCAACGGAUCUUGUGUCCUCUUCUUUCUCCACACCUUGUUGUUUUUAGAGAAGUUUAUUUUAUUCAUUUAUUUUUUAAAAAAACACUUAAUUUUUGGAGGGGAAUUCUCUCUCUUACAUGAUUUCUGUGUUCCAUGAUCCAAACGAUGAUUUCGCGCAAUAUAUAAAUAAAAAUAAAAAUCGACACCCCAUUUUCCCCAAAUUAUUAGUUAAUAAUAAUAAUUUUAGUUGGAAAAACCAAUCUUUGGUUUUCUUCUACCUCCACCUACUCUUCCCUCUCUCCCUCCCUUCCCCCGUGCCCCCGCGGAGGCAGGCGAGCGAGCGAGGGCAUAUCCUUUGGCGCGAAGAAAAAGAAAUUUGUUCGACUUACAAACAUUUCGUAAAUACAAUAAAAUAACACAAGAAAAGCAGGUAGGGGGAGGAAGGGAAGGAGGUAUAGUUAACGUGCAAUGCAGGGAAAAGAAGAGAUGAAGAUGAAAGAGGAGAGAGAGUGUUAAGGCAUCAAACAAAAGCCUUUGUUUUGGAUGUUGUUGCACGGCACAGAUACCUAGAUCCCUCCACCCCUCCUGCAAUUCUUAACCAGUUUCCUUUUCUUUUGCCGUAGUUUAUUCUUUUUUAUAUAUUCAUACAUUUCUUUCUUUCUUUCUUUCUUCUUCUCUAAUUUUUCUGUCUGUCUUUUUGGUUUCUCUCUAUUCCCGAAAUUCAUUAUUGGAAGUUGUGAUUUUAUUGAAUUGGGUUAUUGGGUUUUUUUGAUUUUUAUCAAAAACUGGGAAAAAAUGCCGUCUCAAAUGAUGGAUCAGCAGGGUUUGUCUGCAUCGCCUUACUUUUCUGGGGAUCCUCAAUUUCCUGCCGACAAACAAUCUCCAUUCUGGAACAUCAAUAACUUUGGUAUGAAGACAGAUGCAAUUGCUGGCACUUCAUGCGGGGUUCCUGUUGCUGGAUCACCUUUAGAGAAACUAGUACAUGUGGAUUCUCUAGCAACCAAUGGUCAUGAAAAUCUUGAACAGACGGUCAGCUUUAGUUUGCAAAGACAUGCAGUGGGAGCAGAAAGAGCUCUUAGUCGGUCCUUGAAUUUGUGGAGUUCUAUGGACCUUAAUCCUGUCGCUAGAUCAAAUCCUAAUGCACAACAGUCAUGGGAGAAGAAUAACACAAUUUCUCACUAUGAAAAUGGGCUAUUUUCAAGUUCAAUGUCUGAGAUGUUUACCCGAAAGUUGCAACUAUCCUCAAAUGACGACUUCCAUGGUCACUCUGUUGAUACUGUUGCCUCGCACUAUGAGGAGGAAGAACCUUUUCAGUCCCUUGAGGAAAUUGAGGCCCAGACCAUAGGAAAUCUGCUUCCUGAUGAUGAUGAAUUGCUCUCUGGAGUUGUUGUUGAUGGGAUUGAAAGUAAGAUUCAACUAAGAGGAGAGGAUGACAUAGAAGAUUUGGACCUUUUUAAUAGUGUUGGAGGGAUGGAUUUAGGAGAUGAUACAUCAUCUGCAGUACAAAGGAAUUCUGAAUUUCCUUGCAGCUUUAACGGACAACUCACUGGAACUAGUAUCUCUUUUAAUGGGGAACAUCCUUAUGGAGAACAUCCGUACCGCACUUUGUUUGUGAGAAACAUUAAUAGCAAUGUUGAAGAUUCCGAGUUGCAGGCUCUCUUUGAGCAAUAUGGAGAUAUCCGCACCCUGUAUACAGCUUGCAAACAUAGGGGUUUUGUUAUGAUUUCAUACUUUGACAUCAGAGCAGCAAGGAAUGCAAUGAAGGCACUUCAAAAUAAGCCUUUGAGACGAAGGAGGCUUGAUAUACAUUACUCAAUCCCAAAGGACAAUCCUUCAGAUAAGGAUGUAAACCAAGGAACUCUAGUGGUAUCUAACCUUGAUGCUUCUGUUACAAUCGAUGAUAUUCGUCAGAUUUUUGGUGCUUAUGGAGAGGUUAAGGAGAUACGGGAAAUCCCACACAGAAGUAACCAAAAGUUUGUAGAAUUCUACGAUGUCAGAGCUGCUGAUGAAGCUCUCUGUGCAUUGGACAAAAGUGAUAUUGCUGGUAAGAAGAUAAAGGUUGAACCAAGUCGUCCUGGGGGAGCAAGACGAAGUUUAAUGCAACCAUUGCCCCCAGAUAUGGAGCAAGAGGAAUCCGGUAUUCAUGUACAGCAAAGUAGUGCUGAAACAUUAUUUUCAGGGAUUUCAAGCAGCUCCAUCAGCUCUAUUAGCAUGGAAAGCGAUGCUAGUUGUGUUACAAGUGCCGGCAUACAGGCAACUCUGGGUUCAUUCAUAGAUAAUUCUGCUCGUCAUGAAAUCUCUUCUAGUGUCCCCAAUGGCUUACCAUCCCUUCUCAGAGCUGAAUCAGGAAGCUAUCAAGCUGGGCUCUCUGAGUCUGGAAAGUUAGCUAGCCAAGUAAAUUAUGAUUUUCGAGGCUUGCCAACUCUUUAUCCUUGCUCAGUUCCAAAGUAUAGUGAUGGUUUAGCUAAUAGUGUUUCUUGCAAUUCUGACGGUUACGUGCCUGCUAUUGUUAGUUCCCUGGUUGAGAAUAAUCACUUGGGCCGAAUAAGCUCAAAUGUCGAAAUGUGUAACGAUUUUUCUACAUCUGGGAAUGCGAGCGGAUCUCUUCCCGGGCAUCAUUUCAUGUGGAGUAAUACUAAUCACCACCAACCUCCAGCUUUUGGGUGGCCAAACUCCCCUUCGCAAUCAAAUGGGAUUUGUAGUCCUCAAAACCAACAUCAGCUUCAUGGAUUCACUAGAUCACCAUCUCAUAUGCUGAACUCAAUUCAACCCCAUCAUGUGGGAUCGGCACCAGCUGUUAACUACUCUCUUUGGGAUAGGCAAAAUUCUUAUCCAGGGGGGUCGCCUGAAGCAUCUGGCUUCCACCAGGGUCCAUUAGGGAAUAUGAGACUUUCAGGCAGCCCUCUGCACCACAUGGAUUUUGUUCCUCAUAAUUUAUUUCCUCAUGUCGGUGGAAACAGCUUGGAUUUACCAAUCUCUUCUAGAAAUGUUCUGAAUUCCCAUCAUCAAAGAGGCAUGAUUUAUCCCCCCAGGAACCAGAUGAACAUGGCAGGCUCAUUUGAACAUCCUGUUGAACGUGCUAGAAGAAAUAGAAGUGAUGGCUCUUCUGCUCAAGCUGACAACAAGAAACUAUAUGAACUUGAUCUCGACCGCAUUAGGCGGGGGGAAGACAAUCGAACCACUCUUAUGAUAAAGAAUAUUCCUAACAAAUAUACAUCCAAGAUGCUUAUGGCUGCCAUUGAUGAACGCCACCGUGGAACUUAUGACUUCAUCUAUUUACCAAUUGAUUUUAAGAACAAGUGCAAUGUGGGUUAUGCCUUUAUCAACAUGAUUGAUCCUAGCCAUAUCAUCUCAUGCUAUGAGACAUUAAAUGGGAAGAAAUGGGAAAAGUUCAACAGUGAAAAGGUUGCAUCACUUGCUUAUGCUCGCAUACAAGGCAAAGCUGCUCUUGUUGCUCAUUUUCAGAAUUCUAGCUUAAUGAAUGAGGACAAGCGAUGCAGACCUAUUCUUUUCCACAGCGAUGGCACCAAUGCUGGUGAUCAGGUGCCGUUUCCCAUGGGUGUUAACGUUAGAUCUAGACCUGGUAAAUCAAGAUCCUGCAAUAAUGAGGAAAAUCAACUAGAGAGCCCUCCUAAUGUUGUUAGCAAGGAAGAAUAUACUUGUGGAGAAUCAUCUUCAAGCUCGGGAAAGGAAUCAGAUUGAACAGUGAACUAAACUCAAAGUUAAAAGUGUUAUACGGAGGAAACGGUGAGGAUGAAGAGGGAGAAAUUAAGAAAAGGAUGUGCAUAAAUAGACCAAAGGAGUGAGGUGAGGCACUGGUCAUGCAGUCUUUGCAUGAUUAAUAUCAACAAUAAUAAGAUUAAUCUAACUAUACGCAUUGAGAGAGUUUACUCUCGGUGCAUGUAAUUACGAGGAGAGUUAGUAAAUGGAGCAACAACUGGAGCUUCAAAAUUUUGAUUGGUGUUGAGUCUUAUAAAUACACUUUAUUCGUAAAUAUAUACUCCGUAGGUGUAUAUAAGUGGUGAAGAUAGAAGAGAGCUCUACAGCAGCUGGGAGAAGGUUUCCUGGGCUGAACUCCUUUUACUGAUUUUCCUAUUUUUAACUUUGUAUGUUGACAUUCUUGUCAUUAUACCCUUCCGAGGGUAAAUUUAUGAAAAGACUUUUAAUUUGAAAA